UCUAGAUCUAUAAGCCUUAUGCCCUUAUUUGAUUAUCGUUUUAGAAAAUAAUGAGCUUUGUAUAGAAUCUAGAUUUAGAUGACCAAUUAUUGUUUGGAGAUGGUUUAUUUCUAAAUUAAGAAAUGAAGAAAUAAAUGAAAGGUGCGUUGUAUUAGCAGAAUCUAUUUUUGAAUGCUAAAAAAACCUGGUAUGAUGUGAGAGUUCAAAGGGUUCUACAUUCUGGUUUCUGGCAACUAUUAAUCCGAUAUAAUACGAUUUUCUUCAGCAUGGCUCUUAAAGGCAUAAAAGUUAUUGAACUUGCAGGUCUUGCACCUGUCCCAUACUGUGGCAUGAUACUGUCAGACUUUGGUGCUAGAGUUAUUAGAAUAGACAGGCCCUAUGCCCCCAAUAUCGACUGCUUGGGAAGAGGCAAACAGUCUAUCUGUGUAGAUCUAAAAAAAAAAGAAGGAACUGAUGUAGUAAAAAAAUUAUGCUCUCAAGUUGAUGUUUUGGUGGAACCUUUCAGACCAGGUGUUAUGGAAAAACUUGGUCUUGGUCCUGAGGUAUUAACUGCAUCUAAUCCAAGACUAAUAUAUGCUCGUUUAACUGGUUAUGGACAAACAGGUUUAUUUUCUCAUAAAGCUGGACAUGAUAUAAAUUAUAUUUCUAUCUCAGGUAUUUUAUCAAAAUUAGGCAAAAGAGAUGAGCCACCACUUCCGCCAGUAAAUUUAGCUGCCGAUUUUGGCGGAGGUGGUCUUAUAUGUGCCCUUGGCAUUGUCAUGGCCCUACAUGCACGUCACAGUUCUGGUCUUGGACAAGUUAUUGAUGCAAAUAUGGUGGAAGGUUCAGCAUAUUUAGGUAGCUGGAUUGAUGGAAGUGACGUAAUUUUCAACAAACCAAGAGGAUAUAAUUUAUUAGAUGGUGGAUCCGCAUUUUAUAGCACCUAUGAAACUAAGGAUGGCAAAUAUGUUUCAGUAGGAGCUCUAGAAGACAAGUUUUAUAAAGAUCUUAUCAAAGGUUUAGGCUUGUACAAUCAAAAUAUCUCACAAACAGAUGAUCAAGACAAGCAAAAGGAAUUAUUUGCUAAGAUUUUUCUUACAAAAACUAGGGACGAGUGGACAGAAGUUUUUAAAAACCUUGAUGCUUGUGUCACACCUGUACUUACUGCAGAAGAAGCAGCUGUACAUCCUCAUAACGCUUCCAAAGGGACAUUCCAAAAAUCAAUGCAACCACCAAGCCUAAUGGCUAACCCAGCCCCACGGAUGAGUAGAACACCAGAAAUUCGUCAGUACAGACCCCUUCCUGAAAUAGGCCAACAUACUUUUGAAGUACUAAGGGAGUUUGGCUACUCUCAGAUGGAUAUAAAUGGCUUAAUAAAAGCAGGAGCUGUUGUGGAGGCAUCUAAACUUUAGUAAAUGUUAUUAACUUUUGCCUAUACUGUAGCCAAGAAGUGAUUUUUAAAAUCAAAUAUCAUGUUUGACUUGAAUUGUAAGAAUUUAUUUCUGAUAUAUUCAUCUUUAAUUACAUUAAUUAAUGUUAAUGGAAUGCCUAACUUAUGUUUAUCAUUAUGUUACAGUUAAACAUUGUUACUUAAUAACUUAAUUAUUUAUUUUUAUGCCAUUCUUAAAAUUUCUUUUACUUAUUUUUUUUUUAAUGUGAUAAUUGGUAAGAAUUUAAUUUUUCAUCAAAUAUUUUAUUAUAUCUUAAAGUAUUUUAUGUACAGAAUUCAUCACUAUACAUUUUUUACUAAAAAAAAUAAGAUGCCAUUAAAGUUUUUUCACAUUUCAUUUAUUUGCAAAGGACUUUAUUAUACUUUUUCUCAACAACCUUGACAUUGUGACAUUAAUAAAUAUUAGUUGAAUACGGCUGCAUAUCACAUGUCCAGAUCUACAUGUGUAUUUUAUCUUCAUCUUCACCACUUUUUUGCUGAUGAACUGUAAGCUUUUAUGCAGUCUGUACAUUGGAAAAGUAGUGUGAUGUUAUUCUCAGGUGUAAUACAAAUCCAUACAAAGUGUUUUUGCUGAGUCCUUGUGGGAAUAGAGUCUGUCUAAGGUGACUUAAAUUGGGCAUUCUAAGAGAGUAUGUUUCACAGUUUCGUAAGGAUGGGUGCAGUGUCUAUAGUGGGGUGGAACUACAGGGUUUAUUUUGUUUAUGUGAAGUGUUAAAAAUGUGUUUCUUGUUCUGAGUUAAAAGAUUACAGAUUGCUCUAUGCAGCAAAGGAAAAUGAUACUGUCCUGUUUGUUAGUUUGCUGUGGUCAUUUCUCUAUAAAUAGUUUCUUGAUGUCUGUUGGUUGAGCCACUAUUGAUUAUAAUUUACUGGCUAAUAUGACUUGAUAGUGUUGUAGUUUACUGUUCAUGGUGUUUCUAGUUAUUCCAUUGUGACUUUGUUUCCCUUUCAUUUUCCAUGAUUUUUAUGUGCUAAGAGAUUCAUUGUAAUGUGACUGGGAUGUCUAAAUUCAUCAUUAUAUAGUGGAUUAUCAGGAGUUGCCUAAUAGGGGUUUGAAAAGUAGAUUGUGAAUCUGCAAAGUCAAUUAUAUCUGAUGGUGGGGUUGUAUUCCAAAACUCUUUUCCUACUGUCUGCAGUGCAAAUGUGGUUGCUUAGAUUUUGGCCUGGAGAUUUGAGCAGUUAUCUCCAUAAGGUUCACUUAUCUCAAGUGCUUACUUUCAGGAAAGACCAAGAGAUUGUUAAAAGACUACAGAAACCCCCAGCCUGCACAUGUGCCCUUAAAAUCAUUUAAAUUGUUUGUCAGUAACAUGGAAACUAAUUAUUGUAAUAAUAAUUGACACCCAGGGAUGUUUCCAUGAACAUAACAUAGUGUUUAUUUAUAUAAGAUAGAACAAAAAAGUAAUAAUAUUAGUAAUGUAUAGAGUAUUGAUAAUUAAUUCUAUAAGUAAUUACCAAUGAUUUACAAUAUGCAAACAAGCUAAAUAUACAAAAUUCUUUUUUAUAAAAACAAAGCUUAUCUAUAGGAGAAGAACUCCAACCUUAAAACUAUAUCUAUCAAUAAUGUACAAGCUAUUUCCCUCAUUAAAAUCAAACAAAAUUAUUAUUACCAAUUAAUUAAUUGGGUAUUUUUUAAUUGAUUUGUGUUUUGUUAGGUACAAUAAAUAAUUGUUUAAAGUAUCAACUUGAUUGGAGAAUGUUUGAGGAGAAAUAGCAUUAACAAUUAUAAAGGGGACCAAACCCCAAAAAUUUAGCCAUAUCUGUGAAUACUGAAGUAUUAGUUUCCCUUGUUGGUAUCAAACAAAAUAAUUAAUUACCAGUAGUUAUUUGACUAAUUGGUUACUUUUUUUUUCAUUGAUUCAUGUCUUUUCUAUGCCAAUGAAUAUUUUUGUGAAGUUUUGAUCCGAGAAUGAGUGUGGGAGAAAUAAUGUGUACACACUUUUUACCAGACAGACAGAGUGAGUUGAUAUAAGCUUUGUAAAAAAAAAAACUUGAAUACAUAAGCUACAGUUGUGAAGUAGCUCAAGCGUCUUCUAUCAGCAUACAGCUACACUACUAUCAACUGCUUCUUGUACAGGUUCUUCAAUUCUUGGGUCUUACAAAAAUACUUUGUCUUCACAGUUAACACCCAAAGACUGGCCCUAAAGAUAAUAAAUAAUACACAAACUAUAUAGCCUAAUUCUGCUUAAUUAGCUAUAGUUCAUAAAAUAUCUUGGUCAAGAUCGUCCCAAAAAAUUGCCUGUUAACUUACUAAAAGUGGGGAACAAUUUGAUUAAUUGUAUUUGUUAAUUUAAAUUAUUAUUAUAUGUUUAAUUUAUACAGAAACUCAUGUACACAUUUUUAUUUCAGUGAUUAUUUCUUCUGUAUCAGUAGCCAUAUUGUUUGUGUGUUUUAUUCUUUUACUAGUUUUACUUCUGUUGGUAUAUCAAUAUGUGACCAUUAUUUUGUAUUAAAAUAAGUAAAAUACUAUUUUAAAAUUCUUAAAUAAUGCAUUUCACAUUAAAAAUUCCUUUUUAAAUAUUAUAACAUAUACACAGGACAGCUUACUAACAAAUUAUGCUAAAUAAACAAUUUAUAUAAUUGA